AUGUCCGUCUCCGUCAACCCUCGACGCAGGACUCCGGUGACUCGCCCGGAGUCUCCUGCCGGCACUGGCCUCACUCUUAAGACCAAUAGCCUCCGCAAGGGCGCUACCUUCCACUCUCCCACCAGUCCUACCUCUUCUAUGGAUGAUGCCUUGACUGCUGCCCCUCCAAGCCUUCGACGCUCCCAGACCAACCUGGACGACGUUGUCGACGCCCACUGCCGCCGCAUGGCCUUGAUCGUCGACGACAUUGACAAGUCCCUUGCCAACAUCAACCUGGUCUCCCCCAAGACCAAGUCUUUCCGCGACGAUAGUCUUCCCGUUCCCAGAGGCUUCCUCAACCUGCCCGUUGUCGACCCCGCCAUGGCAAAGGAAAAGUCAAAGGAGACGGAACGUCGCAUUCUGCGUCCCAGAACCCGCCGUUCCUCGAGACAUCAUGAAUCAGACAGCGGACUCGGAACCUCUGUCGCCCCCACCACCGAGACAGAGCCUGCAACCACCGCAUCAAAGAAGGCAUCCGCCAUCACAAGGUCCGCUGCCAACACUUCUUCUGCCACCAUGGAGAAGCUUCCCGCCCUUAGCUCCAAGGCUGUCAACCGCAUUCACGAGCACGUCCUCCGCCCACUCCGGGCCAAGCCUGCUCUCAAGGACUUUGAGCCGAUUGUUCUUGACAUCCCCAGACGCAUUAGGGAGAAGGAGAUCAUCUGCCUGAGAGAUCUCGAAAAGACCCUUAUUUUCAUGGCACCCGAGAGGACCAAGACCGCCGCCUUGUACCUCGAUUUCUGCCUGACGUCGAUCCACUGCAUUCAAGCAACCGUGGAAUACCUAAGCGACCGAGAACAGACUCGACCAAACGACCGCCCUUACACUAACGGAUACUUCAUCGAUCUCGUGGAACAGAUUCGCCAAUACGCAGGACAACUUGCUGCCGCCAAGGAGACUGGAUCAGACGCCGCUGAGAUGGACGUCGACCCGACCGACGAGAUCAAGCUCUUCGGAGGCAUCGCUGACAACGGCCGCCCUGCCGAGCUCAUCCGUAUUCGCAAGGAUGGUAAGGCCAUUUCAAUGGCCACCGGCUUGGAGGUCGAUUUGGAUGACCCCAAGAGCCCCAUUCAGAUGAAGCGCUCAUUGAGCCAGCAGUUGGAGGAUGACGAGGAGAUUAUGCGUUCCAUGGCUCGCCGCAAGAAGAACGCCAGCCCUGAGGAGCUUGCCCCCAAGAAGUGCCGUGAGCCUGGCUGCAACAAGGAGUUCAAGCGUCCUUGUGACCUGACCAAGCACGAGAAGACUCACUCUCGUCCUUGGAAGUGCCCCGUCACUUCAUGCAAAUACCACAACUAUGGCUGGCCGACCGAGAAGGAGAUGGAUCGCCACCACAACGACAAGCACUCGUCGGCCCCGCCCAUGUACGAGUGCUUGUACAAGCCCUGCCCAUACAAGUCUAAGCGGGAGUCCAACUGCAAACAGCACAUGGAGAAAGCCCAUGGCUGGCAAUACGUUCGCACCAAGACCAACGGCAAGAAGCCCUCGAGCGUUGCCGGCAGUGUCGCCCAAUCCACCCCUCUUCUCAACCAAAUGCCCACUCCCUCUACGAGCAGCGCCGCUACCCCGCCUGCUCCUUUGGACCAGGCUCAGCAGUUCAACUUCAACGACCCUCUCCUCGCUCCAAUGCACCCCAUCGGUCCUGUUGGCGACUUUGCUUCCCACAUUGACGGCAUGGAGUUCCCUUCCUACAUCUCGGACGAGGAGUUUGACCAAAUGGUUGGUCAGGGUGGGUUCGAUGGACAGAUGGAUUUGGAGAUGUCCCUGUCUCCUUCCGACCACAACACCCCUGCCACCGAAAUCUCGACUGGGCCAUACAUUUACCAGGACGGCCCCGACUUCACGGUGAACGAGGAUAUCUACGGCGCACACGCCCAGAUCCCCACCCCAGACAGAGCCGUCUUCGCUCAGAAGGAGCUGGACAUGGCUUUCCCUAUCUACCAGCCUGUUCCUGCUUGCCAGCCUCAGAUUGUUCCUGCCCAAACUGCACCGCACAUCUCUCCUAUUGGUCAGGGCAACGCAAUGCUCUUUACGCCAAACUCGUUGGCCGAGGUUGACGAGGGUUUUGAGGACAACUACACCGGUGGUGGAAAUGAAUUCUGUGGCAACGACUUCCAGCUGUUCCCUGCCAACAACGUGACCAAGAUGUACGAGCCACUCUUCGGCGAAGUGCCAAGUGCUGGCUUGGGUUACUCGCAAGCGUCACAGGAUCCUUUCCAAUCCAUCGACUGGAACUUGGAUUACCAAAACUUUCAAAGCCAGUAA